AUGUCGAAGCGCAGCCUUGAUGAUGGGGCAGUCGUGCCAGUCGAGGAGAAAUCUCGUAAGAUCGUAGAGCCAAAGCAGGUUCUUUUGAACCCGUAUACUGGUCAGCCGUACACUCCGCGGUACUAUGACUUGCUCAAGAGACGUCUUGGUUUGCCAGUUUGGGAGUACAAGAAUAAGUUCAUGGAGUUGAUCCAUAGACAUCAGGUUAUCUGUCUUGUCGGAGAAACUGGUUCUGGAAAAACCACCCAGAUCCCACAAUGGUGCGUCGAAUACGUCCGUCAAAAUUCGCCUGUUGGCUCUCGUAAGGCAGUCGCUUGUACUCAGCCUCGUCGAGUCGCCGCUAUGUCCGUCGCUCAGCGUGUUGCUGAUGAAAUGGACUGCAUUCUCGGCCAACAUGUUGGAUACACUAUUCGAUUCGAAGAUUGCACGUCCUCGCUCACUCUCUUGAAAUACAUGACUGACGGUAUGUUGCUCCGAGAAGCUAUGGCGGACCCCUUGAUGGAGAAGUACAACGUUAUCUUGCUCGAUGAGGCUCACGAACGUACGCUAGCCACUGAUAUUCUUUUGGGUGUCAUCAAAGAAGUCUGUCGGCAACGACCUGAUUUGAAGAUCGUCGUCAUGAGUGCCACUCUCGAUGCCGGAAAGUUCCAGUCUUAUUUCGACAAUGCGCCGCUCAUGUCCAUUCCUGGUCGAACAUUCCCUGUAGAAAUUUUCUACACGCCCGAACCAGAGAAAGAUUAUUUGGAAGCUGCUAUUCGGACAGUUAUCCAGAUUCAUUUGUGUGAAGAACAGGAAGGAGAUUGUUUGUUAUUCUUGACUGGUCAAGAAGAGAUAGAAGACGCGUGUAAACGGAUACGAGAUGAAGUUGAGAAAAUGGGGCCCGAAGUUGGAGAUGUCAAGGUUAUUCCACUUUAUUCGACACUGCCGCCCCAGCAGCAGCAGCGAAUUUUCGAACCUCCACCACCAAACAAGCCGAAUGGCGCUAUUGGUCGCAAAGUUGUUGUCUCGACUAACAUUGCUGAAACCUCGCUCACUAUUGACGGUAUUGUGUUCGUCAUUGAUCCUGGCUUUGCCAAGCAAAAGGUCUACAACCCUCGAAUUCGAGUCGAGUCCCUUCUCGUCUCUGCUAUUUCCAAGGCGUCUGCUCAGCAACGUGCUGGCCGUGCUGGUCGAACCCGUCCUGGCAAAACUUUCCGCCUGUACACUGAGAAGGCGUACCAAGGCGAAAUGCAGGACAACACUUAUCCCGAAAUCCUUCGAUCGAACUUGGGCAGUGUCGUCCUCCAGCUGAAAAAGCUCGGUAUCGAUGAUCUCGUUCACUUCGAUUUCAUGGAUCCACCAGCACCCGAGACGCUUAUGCGAGCCCUGGAAAUGUUGAACUACCUCGCUGCUUUGAAUGAUGAUGGUAUCCAUCAAAGUCAGACAGCGCGCGGUAUCAGGGACAGAGCGGGUGACUUGACCGAGUUGGGCUCCAUGAUGGCGGAGUUCCCCCUCGAUCCUCAGCUGGCUAAGAUGUGCAUCUCCUCCUGCGAGUUCAACUGCUCGAACGAAAUCUUGUCCACCACGGCGAUGCUUACUGUGCCCAUGUGCUUCGUCCGACCUAGCGAGGCUCGAAGAGCUGCCGAUGAAGCGAAGGUCCAGUUUGCGCACAUUGACGGCGAUCACUUGACUCUCUUGAACGUCUACCACGCCUUCAAGCAAUCUCGUGAUUCUCCACAAUGGUGCUACGAGAACUUUAUCAACUACCGAUCCUUGAUGAGCGCUGAUAAUGUCCGACAGCAACUGUCGAGAAUUAUGGAUCGAUUCUCGCUCCCACGAAGGUCCUGCGACUUCACUUCCAAGGACUACUACACAAGUAUCCGAAAAGCGAUCGUAUCAGGAUACUUUAUGCAAGUUGCUCACAAGGAGAAAUCUGGUCAUUAUUUGACGAUGAAGGACAAUCAAGUCGUCCAACUUCAUCCGUCGACUUGCUUGGACCACAAGCCCGAUUGGGUUCUGUACGACGAGUUCGUACUUACCUCAAAGAACUACAUCCGAACGGUUACAGAUAUCAAGGUUGACUGGCUGGUCGAAAUUGCCCCGACGUAUUACGACAUUGACAAUUUCCCCAACUGCGAAGCGAAGAGAAUUUUAGAACGAGUCAGAGCGAAGCUUGUAGCAAAAGGCAAAAUUGAAGCAUAG